AUUUAAAAACAAACAACAACACAAAAUAUAACGAAAACAGACUUCUACACGUGAAGAUUGUUACAAAAUAAAUGAAAUGGAUACCUUGCACUGGAUUCUAACCAGUGCAGAUUUCCGAGUGUAUAGCAAGCAAGAAAUUCUUGAGCUAAGUGUAAAGGAGAUAGUGAGUCCACAGACUUUUGAUUUAUUGCAGAAUGCUGUUAUUGGUGGUCUCCAUGAUCCAGCUCUGGGUCCCAGUAGACGAGAUGACCGCUGUGAAACAUGUGGGCAAAGUGAGAGAAACUGCGCUGGGCAUUUUGGUCACAUUAAAUUACCAGUUUUGGUCUUUAAUCCAAUGUUCUUUAAAAUUUUGUUAAAGUUGUUACAAGGCAGUUGUAUGGGUUGCCAUAAACUUGGCUUAAGAAAUGCUCACAUGAAGCUGUACACUUAUCAGCUCAAGCUCCUUGAGAAAGGAUUUUUAGUUCAAGCUGAGGACAUGAUAGAAAGGUUUUUAAACUCUGAACUGGCAGAGGAUGUUAUAAUACAGGAGAUGAAGGAUUAUUACACAAAUGUUUUGCAAGGUGACAAAGAUGAAUCUGUCCUAUCUAAAAACAUCAUCACUUUUAGACACCAAACUGUAGCCAUGAUACUACGUAUGUUGGCUAAGACAAAAUCUAUUUGUUUACAUUGCCACACCAAGAACCGGUCGCUAAAAGCUGAGUAUAAUCAAACAAUUGUUGGCACAAUGUCAGACGAUAGAUCUUCCAAAAAAAGAGUUAUAGCCAAAAAAGUCGAAGAUAACAACCUAGGAACAGAAACCGCAGUGGAUGAUGCAGUGGAAAUGGACAACCAGCAGUCUAGUCCUAAUUCAAAUGAAACACUUGGGCCUGAUGUGACCUCCUCACCAAUGGAUGACCAGUUACAGUUAGAAUUGGAAAACUUUUUAAAGUCAAAACACAAGCGGUGCAUCUUGUCUCCUAAUAUUGCCAGAGAGCACAUUAAAAUGGUGUGGGAUAAUAGCAAAGAUUUCCUGAAACAACUUUUUCCAUUUUUGGCAACAGUGAAAAAGGCUGAUUGCCCUACAGAUGUAUUCUUUUUGGAUGUCCUUCCAGUCCCACCGUCACGUUUUCGGCCACUAAGUGUGAUGAAAGAGCGCAAGUAUGAACACCCACAAACAGCCAACUUGUCUAAUAUCAUCAAGGAGUGUGUAACAUUGAGAGACUUGCUGCAACUGUAUAACAAGCGGCUGGAAGCUGGAGGCAAUGUUCUUGGAUUAACCUUGCCAGAAACAGCUGAGAGCGUGGCCAUUAAUAUUCAGAAAAUUAUGGCAUCGUGGUUGAGGCUACAGUCUAAGGUCAAUGUAGUGCUGGACAGUGACCUAGAUAAACUCUCUCAAGACAAGUCGAUCGGAAUCAAACAGCUACUGGAGAAGAAGCAAGGUUUGUUUAGGAUGCACAUGAUGGGAAAGCGUGUUAACUAUGCUGCCCGCUCAGUCAUCUCCCCUGACCCUUACAUAUCCACCAAUGAAAUUGGAAUACCAAUGGUUUUUGCCUCCAAGCUCACGUAUCCUCAGAGGGUGACUCCAUGGAACAUACAUCAGCUGCGGCAGUUGGUUAUCAAUGGCCCCGAUAUCUAUCCAGGUGCUGUCAGUGUGGUCAGUGAAGAUGGCACUGUCGUAAAACUGAAUCCAAGUAAUGCAAGUCAGAGGGAAGCUGUGGCCAAACAGUUGCUGGUGCCAGACAAGAAUGUGUCUGGAUCUAAAAUAGUCAAUCGUCAUUUGAUCAAUGGUGACUAUCUGAUUUUGAACAGACAGCCUACUCUACAUAAACCCAGUAUGCAGGUCCACAAGGCUCGAGUGCUCCCCUCUAUAAAGACAUUGAGAAUGCAUUAUUCCAACUGUAAGGCGUACAAUGCUGAUUUUGAUGGGGAUGAAAUGAAUGCCCACUUUCCUCAGUGUGAACGCAGUAGAGCAGAAGCUGCCUGCAUUGCUUGUACAGAUUACCAAUAUUUGGUGCCCAAGGACAGUACCCCACUGGCUGGUCUCAUACAAGAUCACAUGGUAUCUGGUGUGGCUUUGACAAUACGAGGAAGGUUUUUUACAAGGGCUGAAUACUGUGGUUUGGUCUGGAGCGCUAUGAAUGAUUGGAAAGAGAAAAUCGACAUUCUACCUCCUACCAUUUUGAAGCCUACUCCGCUGUGGUCUGGGAAACAGAUUAUCAGCACCAUUUUAAUCAAUUUGAUUCCUAAAGGCAAAGGUCUUAUUAAUCUGAGCGGCAAGGCUAAAAUCCCAGAGAAGAGCUGGCUACCUUGGACUAGCAAGGUCAACAUGCCAUUAAAUAUGGCUGCUUUGGAAACUGAGGCACUGGGGGAGAGCACUGUGAUCAUCAGGCAGGGGGAGCUGCUGCAGGGUGUAUUGGACAAGGCUCAUUAUGGCCCUUCAUCCUAUGGUCUGGUGCAUUGUUGCUAUGAGCUCUAUGGUGGAGAAAUGGCUGGGAAAUUUUUAACCUACCUUGGUCGACUUUUUACAUCAUUCCUACAGAUGGUUGGAUUCUCUCUUGGAGUUGGAGAUAUUUUAGUACAGAGACGGGCAAACAAAAGGAGGAAAGAUUUUAUCAAAAAGUCUCUCCACAUUGGUAAAAAUGCUGUGUUGAAAGCAUUGAACUUAAACCCUGAGACCACCACAGAGACAGAUUUGUUACUUGAGCUGAAAGAAGCUCACUUCGACAAGACUGGCAUGAAGAUGGCAGAGCUGGACAUGUGUAUGAAGUCUGAGACAGAUAAAAUACAGGACAACAUUGCCAAAGCAAUCAUGCCUGGCAGACUUGAAAAAGGUUUCCCAGCAAAUAGUCUGCAACUGAUGGUACAGUCUGGAGCCAAAGGUUCACCAGUCAACUGUAUGCAAAUCUCUUGUCUGCUUGGUCAGAUAGAGCUAGAAGGCAGACGUCCUCCUCUCAUGAUGAGUGGUAGGUCCCUCCCAUCCUUUCUGCCCUACGAUGUUGCCCCUAAGGCUGGAGGUUUUAUUACUGGACGUUUCUUGACAGGCAUCAGGCCACAAGAAUAUUUCUUCCACUGCAUGGCUGGUAGAGAGGGUUUGAUUGAUACCGCUGUCAAGACAAGUCGUAGUGGUUAUUUACAGAGGUGUUUAGUCAAACAUUUAGAAGGGCUUAUGGUGAACUAUGACUGUACAGUGAGAGACAGUGAUGGAGGAGUCAUUCAGUUUUAUUAUGGUGAGGAUGGUCUGGAACCUAUGAGGAGCACUUUCCUUCAGGCCUCUCAGUUCCCAUUUCUAACAGAGAAUCUUCAUGUGCUACUGAGUACCUCACACAAUCCAUGGCACAACAGUGGUCAGAACAAAAACAUCAGCAGAACAUGGAAACGGAUCAGUAAGUGGAGGUCUCACACUACUCAAGAAGGACACUGGUACAACAGAGACAGCAGCUUUUUGAAGUUUUGUAACAGCCAGACUGAGUCCCUAACACAGGAGGACAGAGAGACCAUUGUCAGAACAGGCCAAUGUCUGGGUAGAUCUCUUGCCUCUCAGAAGCUCUGUUCUGCCUGGGCGGCAUUAGAGGAGGAAGAAAAGGGAAGAAUGACUCCACGUGUCAGCAGUCCAGAUCCUUUGAUGUCCAGAUUUUUUCCUCACUCUUAUCCAGAUGUUCUUUCAGAAAAGUUUAGGCAUCAACUGAAUGUCUACUGUAAAAAAAGCUUCAAAAAGGUGACGGCUAAAAUGUCUCAAAACUGCAGCGCUGAUGUUUUUAUGUCUGCUAUCAAUAAGAAGUUUGUACAAUGUAUGGCACACCCUGGAGAAGCUGUUGGCUUAGGCUGUGCACAGUCCAUUGGUGAGCCCUCCACUCAGAUGACCUUGAACACAUUUCACUUUGCUGGUCGUGGUGAGAUGAAUGUGACCUUGGGUAUCCCCCGCUUGAGAGAAAUUUUGAUGACAGCCUCUGCCAACAUUAAAACCCCUUCAAUGGAUGUGCCUGUCAUCCCUGUGCCAGAUUUCAAAGAGAAGGCAGAGUGGCUGCAGAAACAUUUGAACAGGGUCACCAUGGACAAGGUUGUUCAGAAGGUCAAGGUCAAAGUUUAUUCACAGUGUGGUACUGAAAGUGGAAAUAGAGGAAGCUAUAAAUACUUUGAGGUCAAGAUCAAAUUUCUUCCUCGUCGUGACUUUGAGAGUUUGACCAACUUGACGUACAAGGAAAUAAUGAAAUAUGUGGUGAAACAGUUUCUGGUGAAUGUAGACACUAAUAUCAAGAAGGAAAAUAUCAUCAUUGAGAGAACAACGCUAUUAUCCACGGGCAGAGUAAAUCGAUCCACUGCAGAGAAUAAAGAAGACACAGCUGCAGAGAAUCCACCAGAUGAAAAUGAGGAUGAUGAUAUAGAGGUAGAAGCUAAUGAUGGGGAUGCUGCAGCAGUGAAGGAGCAGCAACGGCAGACAGACACCCAGGAGUAUAUUGGGGAGGAAGAGGAACAGCAGGAAGUUUCUUUCAAUGAUGGAAGUGAUGAUGAUGAAGAUGAUGCAGAAGAAAGUGAAAAUGACAAUACUAAUGAACAAGAGGCUGACAUUCAGGAACAUAAGAACCUCGUCAAACAGGCCACUUCCUACAGCUUCGUCAAAGAUUUCAAGUUUGAUAAAAAGAAAAGACGCUGGUGUACAAUCACAUUCAUGUAUGAGCAAAGCCAUCUUCAAUUGGACAUCAGGAUGUUAUUAGACAGGACUAUCAAAUCUGUUGUCCUUCAUCAAGUCAAGGGCAUCACUAGGGCAUUUCUAACAGAGGAGAAAGAGAAUGGAGAGACAGUAGUGCACCUGAAGACAGAAGGUGUAAACAUGCAGGAAUUGUUCAAAUAUCCCGAUAUACUGGAUCUGAACCAACUGUAUUCCAAUUGUGUUCACACUAUGGCUAAUACUUAUGGGAUUGAAGCAGCCAACAGGGUUAUAAUUAAGGAAAUUCAAAAUGUCUUUGGUGCCUACGGUAUCUUGGUAGAUUACCAUCACCUUUCUUUGCUGGCAGACUUCAUGACCACCAGAGGGACCUACGACGCCUUCAACCGCAGGGACAUUCACUUCAACACAUCACCUCUUCAGAAAAUGACUUUUGAAACCACAAUGAAUUUCUUGCUGGAUGCCUGCCUGUCUGGCAGUAAAGACAGCCUGAAGUCUCCCAGUUCCAGCCUAGUGGUCGGCAAUGUUGUAGGUGUGGGGACAGGAUGUUUUGAGAUUCUAGACCCCUUACAGUAGAAACAUUUAAAUAGUUUAUUUUUUAGACAAUUAAAUAUCAAUCGCUAAUGAGGUAACUAUUUCUUAGUGCUUACAAGUCUAAGGUUGUAAAAAAUAAUUUUGAGGUCUUCAUUUUGUUAUUUUGGUUUUGUUAUUUCUGGCUACUCUAUUUACUUUGUAAGAGAAAACAAAAAGAUUGAUGAUUGCAGCCUCAAUGAAGAGAUUUAAAAUUAUAUUUGCAUAGCUACUGCAUUUGUUAUAACCCAAUGAUGGCAGUCAAUGUUUACUCGUUUCUUAUAAAAAAAAAAGUUGCAAACUGUGCAUGUGUUUGUAUUGAGUUGAAUGUUUAUGUUUUGCUUGAUAAGAGUUUCAUCAUAGUUAGCAAGUACAUGUGUAUGUAAUGUUGUUGACAGCAACUGCAAUGAUAGGAUUAUUGCAUCAUGUAAUUGCAUCAAGAUGAAAAACAAAAUUUGAUUUGUAUAACUUGGAAUGUAAUCUACAUUGAUUAAAAAUUGAUUUUAUUCUA